AUGGAUCCACCCAAGGAACCGGACAAAAAUCGCAUCCACUCAGUCCUCCCGACAAAGACGUUCCCAGCCAGCCUUCUGAGGCAGACUCACCGCGAGCUAGUCCGACUGUACGAAGCUCAUGGCGAGACCGUCGUCACCUACUGGAAGGGACUUGACCGAACCGGACGGGAGUUUGUGUUGAGGAACAGUUCUGUAUGCCCCGUUCUGAGAACCUUCGAGUCCCCUGGCCCCGGGUUUUCUCACUUUCUCGGACCCGAGUGGAAUCACGAAGACAUCAGCGAUCCUGACAAUAACUCAUUUCUCGACCUCCUCAGACAUCGCGCCACGACAUCUCUCACCGACCAGUUCAUCAAGGGCGCAAAUGGCGUUCAGGGCGACUGCGUCUUCACCUACUCAAGGUUCGCCGAGCAACUCAUCCCAUGCCUGGAGCACUUCAACGGCGACGUCAUGGUAUUUGAGGACUGUGAAGAGUACCCUCGCACUGCCGACAUCGUUGCCUACUUCGAAACCAUAGCCGGCGUGAGAACAGAUCGCCAUCUGUGGGUACCCGGACCCGUUGGUGAGCUGAUCGUAGCGAGACAGAUGUUCUGGGCAGAGAUUCUUCAUCGGGCCCUCGUCACCAUCCUCACAGUUCUGGCCACCGAUCGCAAGCACCCAAAGUGUACAUGCCACGAACACGAGAAGGGAGAGGUCCAUGGUAACGAGAUUCUUCCCAAGCUCACGCUCACCAGUGACUCCGGCCUCCGGCCCUUCAUCAACUUCAUCAAGGCUGAGGAAGACGAGACGAUCAUCUGGUCGCAAAAGCUCCUGGCAAAGCCUGAUAUUCUCCUGAUGGAGGCUACGAACUACGGACACAUACUGAGCGUGGAGAAACUCGACAGGCACGUCGGGGCUUGCAUUUUCGAUCCCUACUACGCCGCCGAGAAGGAUGCCAACACUUCUUACUACAUUCGCGUCCUGCUGUGUUCGUUGCACACCAUGGACAACUCGCGAAAGACGGCCAAACGACGCGAGUUCUUGCUGCAGGAGCUAUCCAACGUCCUUCAUCUCAAGUUCCUGAAGUUGCUGGAGUACGUCAAACGAUGGCUCCACUGCGGAAAGGCAGAAAAGUACUUCAAGCGCCUUCCAAACACCUACGACCAUUUGGGCAGCGAAGUUGUUGUCCUCAAAGAUCGAGCCAUUGACAACAAGAAUCGCAAGAUAUAUUACGGUAUGCAGCUUUGCAAGCCUGGAUUGACCCACAGACACGCCAGCUUCUGGCUCACGAAGCUGGCUCCGUACUACAAGAACAAAGUCUCAGGCGUGGCAACCAUGGUUCCCGAGGGCGUCGAGUUCUCAGAGUUCCACACGAGCAUCAACUUCUCGAACCUCAAUCUGCUCGUGAGCUUCAUCUCCGACCUGGACAAGCAUCUGUGCCUCCCGCCCGUAAGCGAUACGAAAGGGCAGCUGUACAUCUCGCGUAUAGAUCACCUGGAAGCCGAGCUCGCCACCGUCAAGAGGAACCUGGACCUCCGCCGGAUCGUACCCGACAUUGACCGGCUAGCGGAGCCUCUUGUCGCUUCCGCGGCGAAGGAGAAGGUGGCCGAUGCGAUUGAGGAGAAGCUGGGUACCUGUCUUUCACAACGCUACUGGAACCUGGUGCAGAGCUGUGUCGACAACUUUCCCGAUCUCGGACACUACGAGAGCAGCAGAGUCAACUUUGACGUCUGCUUCCCGAACUCUUCGCGUGAAUAUGAUUCGGAGAAGUCGACUGAGCCUGCCAAAAAGAAGAAGAAAAAGCCGAAGAAGAAGAAGGCAAAGAAAGCUACAGAGCAGUCCGACGUUCUGUCGGAGCUUGAGGAGGAACCAGAUGCCUGGGUCAACGAUCUGAGUUCCCCGGCGCUGUCAAAGGCUGAUGGGGACUCUUCGUGGAAUGAGCUCGCGACUUCCGUGACCGGAUCACUCUCCUUAGAAGAGCCUGAGAUCGAUCUUCCCAUAGAUGGCGUCUCCCUCAAAGCUUCCCAGGACUCGGGCAACUCUGAGUCUGAACUCGCUGACACUGAGCCGCAGGCACCCGAUUCCUGGGUCAACUUCCCUGAGGCUUCAGCCAGCGCUUCUGAUGCUGCGACUACGCCCACCGAAGCUAGCUUCGGCGACCCUCUUCGCGAAGAUGAUCACGAGGAUUUGAACGAGAAUGAUGAUGACGAUGAGAAGCAGGAUGACAAUCAGAAUUCCGAAGAGGACAAACAGGAGAUUGAGGAGGGUCCCCGCAAUCAAGACGCCAGCCUCUUGGCCAAACCUAUUACCGAAGAUGCUCCUCCCCAAGAAGUCAUCUACGUCAGCGCCCGCACAGCAACCGUCAUGGCAACAAUGUUCGACAAGUCCCUCCACCAGGGAUCUCUCACCUGGCCCGAAUUCAUAGCCGCCAUGGCCGAGGUCGGCUUCACCGCCGACAAGAAAAAGGGCUCCGCAAUCGCCUUCGUACCCUUGCCGCGGGAAGACGGCAGCUCGAGAUGGAAACAGUCGAUUCAGUUCCACAUCACACACGGCAGCGCGUCGUCGAGGGUCGAGGGGUAUCGGUCGCGCAAGAUGGCUCAUAGGUUGACGAAGGCUUUUGGAUGGAAUGCGAAGACGUUCCAGAUUGCUUGA